AUGAAAAAAUAUUUAAAUUUAGGAUUGUUUAUUGUAAUUGGUAUAGCUUAUGAAAAAGCUUGCCUUUGUUUAAAACCAUUAAACCUCACUUUAGGUUUCGUUUUACAACAGCAGCGACUUGCUUUUUCUCCAUUUGUCCUCAAUUUGUUGCCACAAAAUUUGAGAGCAAAAUUUUAUUACUUUUCCAAUGAAAUGUCAUUAAAAAUAUCUCAAUUUCAUUCGAAGAAUCUUCAUUUUCCUAGACUUACAGCAUUUGCUGCAGCAAUGAAUGCCGAGAGAAAUAAAAACUUAUAA